AUGAUGGAUGGAACAGUUGCGACGGGUGACGAGCAGUUAGACCCCCCUCUUCGUCUCUACGAGCGAUUGCGACAGGUCGCCGGCUACACUUGGGAUGAAUCAAAAGACCCCUUCCACUCGAGUUACGACAACUGGCAAGUCUUUGGCUGGAAAGAUGUCGUCCACAGGUCCUACAAUAAACCUACGAUCUCGCGACCAGACUCCGAAACCAACUCCCCGGCACAGGAUACCCAGAGCUCAGGCGGAUAUCGGAAUGCCGCCAGCGAGAGUGGCAGUGAGUCAGCCGCUUCUCACGAUGACCUGCCGGAAGCAGCCCGAAUCCAGGUUAUUGCACGAGUGUCAACACAUGCGUUGCGGGAGGAGCGGGCGUAUCAUAUAUGCAAGAACUUGAUCAAGAAGGUUGAUCCGGAGGGUGACCAUAUCAUACGACCUCUGGAUAUUGUGCGUCUGGCGAGCCAACAAGGAGAUAAAGGACCGAUCGUCGUCUGCAUCUUCGAGAAUCCGGGCCCCAAUUACCUACACGGUGUUAUUGACUAUGGAGCGGCAUGGUACCGAGGUCGCAAAGUUGGGGACAAGCAUGAGGCUUUCAGGGACGAGUUCGAACCUACGGAGAUAGUUUCACUGGAAAUGUUCCUGGAUUUUGCGGUUGCGGCGACGGAGUGCUUAGAGAUAUUACAUCACGGCCAGAGGAUAGUGCAUGGAGAAAUCAGAGGAGAUGCAUUCCAUAUGAAUCCAGAGACCGGAAAGGUCAGGUUAGUCAAUUUUGGUUCUGGACUGAGAACUUUCGAGCAUGGGCUCACUUCCACUGGAUGGUCCACUCUCUCGAAGGAAGUUGGCGCCAAAACAAAGCUCUGCUACAUGAGUCCGGAGCAGACCGGUCGCAUGCCUGCAGAGCCUGAUAGCAGGACGGAUAUAUACUCGCUCGGAAUCAUGUUCUGGACUAUGCUUACUCAACAGCCUGCGUUUGAUGGAGAAACGCCGAUGGACAUCAUUCAAGCAGUCCUUGGCCGACGCCUGCCCACUGUGUCCAGUAUCCGACUCGAUAUACCUGAUGUGAUCGGGAGAAUCAUCCAGAAAAUGACGGCGAAAAUAAUCGGGGAGCGAUAUCAUUCUGUCAGCGGACUAAGAUAUGAUCUGAUGGAAGUGCGGAAUCUGCUAGGCGCCGGAGAUUCUAACGCCCUUAAGAACUGGGCUAUUGCUACAAAGGAUGUUUCCUCGUUCUUCAUCCUACCUACGGUCAUGAUCGGUCGAAGCGAGGAGCAUGAUCAAGUUGUCAAGAUCAUCGACAAGGUUUCAAGGCGGCAUGAGAUGAGUCAGAGACAGGAUGUAUACAGCUUGUCAUCUGGGUCAAGUUUGUCUGAAGGCCGUCUCGAAGUUUUUGAGGCGGCUAUUGGAGCGGAAGCUGAUGUUCUAUUGUCAAGUGAUGAAAAUACCAGUUCUUACGAAGGGCGGUCGAAUUCACUCGGAAACAUCGCUUCCUCGCAAUCUGCAGAGAACAAAUCUCUCAAGAGUGGCUCCGGCCAAUUACGGUCUGUAACAGGGUCUCAGCACAACUCCUAUGAUGGCCACAAUAUCUCAUCGCAUAGUAAUCAGCCCCGCCCUUGGGAAAAGAACAACUCUCUUUCUCUUCAAUCCAUGGACAGCGGAAGCAUCGCCGGAUCAAUGUCAGAAGCAGGUGGUCACAGUAGAAGUUCAGAGGGAGCCGGAAGCUUGACAAGUAAACGGAAUAGCCAGAAAUUCAAACGAAAGGGGCGGUGUGAAGUUAUUGGUAUCGCUGGAGCUGCUGGUCUGGGAAAGAGCUGCUUGGUACAAUCAGUGCAAAUCGAGGCUCGUCGAAGAGGCUACUUUGCCAGCUCCAAGUUUGAUCAAGCUAAGAAGACGCCAUUUGGGCCUGUUCUAAAACUACUGUCAAGUUUGUUCAAGCAGGUUUUCUCAGAAAGCAACACUGAUACAGCCUUCCAUCAAGGCCUCAAAGCAUACGUCAAACCUGCCUGGCCCAUGCUUCACAGGGUUCUUGGCCUUCCGGAAUUCCUUCUGGGUUCGAUGAGUGGCCCCAACCGUAAACACGGCAGCCAAUUAUCCCAGAGCUACAACAAAAGUCUGCGAGCAGAAAUGCGGCGAGAUUCUUCCCCAUCUUCAAGUUCUCAGGGCAGCCUGUACAAUGUAUCUCUCGGCUCACAGAACUCCCAAGAAUUCCUGCGAGCCGGAUCAUCAACAAAAUCCGUGCGGUUGAUGAAUACCUUCCUUGACGUUCUCCGUGUCUUUACUCAGCACAAAUUCAUAUGUUUCUGCUUGGACGAUCUCCAAUUUGCGGAUGAUGAGUCGAUUGAUCUCAUUGGACAGAUUGUUUCUUCUAGAAUGAAGAUGGUCAUCAUUGUUACCUAUAGACCGGACGAGGUACUUCCAGAACGGAUCAAGGGGAUCCUGCAACCCCCUAAUACAGAGGAAUAUAUAAAGGGCGGUGGCGUAGGCGUUACUAGAAUUAUGCUCAAGCCACUCAAUGAGGAUGACAUCAAGAGCUACGUCGCUGCAACUCUCUGUCGAUCAGAGUCCUACAUCGUACCACUGGCAGCUGUCAUCCAAAGCAAGACCGCUGGCAAUCCAUUUUACAUGCGAGAGAUGCUGGACAGUUGCCAUCGAAAACAAUGCAUAUACUACGACUACAAGGAAAGCGGCUGGUGCUACGAUUUAGAUAAGAUCUUCCACCAGUUCGAGACGAAGAGCUACCACGACACGUUAGACACUGCAUUUGUCACUAGCCGCUUGCACGAACUACCGCCUGCUUCAAGGUCGAUCCUUUCCUGGGCUUCCUUGAUAGGACAUUCCUUCUCUUUUGAGCUCGUUCAGAGGUUAUUGAGUGGCGAAUUCAACUAUGACGAGUCGGAUCCUGAUGCGGAUAUGACCUGUCCUCCGUUGGCCUCCUAUUCAGCGCAAGAUGCGAUUGAAGGACUUCAAGCUGCUAUCCAGGCGUAUAUCAUCGUAUCUACGCAGGAUGAUGAUCGAUUUCGCUUCGCACAUGACCGGUACAUGCAAGCAGCGACUGCACUUGGAGACUGCAACACCCCCAAAAUGCACUUCAUCAUUGCCAGAACUCUUCUUAAGUAUAGUCCUACCUUGGAGCGAGCACAAUCCGACAUUUCUGAACACAUCGGCGCAUCAAUAGACAUCAUAAGAAGAAGAGUUCUGCACCGGCAAUCAUUCAGAACACUUCUCGCCGACUGUGCACAGUCUGCUGCUGAGCGUGGAGCACGACCGACAGCUGCAAGAUACUACAAGCACUGUUUUGCUCUCUUGCAGGAUGACCCCUGGACCGAUAACCUGCCGGAUGUUUACUAUGAUGAAUCUCUCCAAUUACACAUACGAGCUGCUGAAACGUACUUGUAUAUGGGCCAGUACCCCGAAGCCAAACGCAUAUUGGCCAAUGUUUUCAGUUAUGCCAAGACGCCCGUUGACAAAUCGCCAGCUUGGGUCCUGCAGUCUAGGAUUUACGCUCAGGAAGGUGAUUCUCCCGCUGCUUUCCGAGCUCUAAAGCAGUGUCUGGAAGCGCUUGAUAUUGCAGUGGAUGAUGAGCCCAGUUAUGAGAAGUGCGAUAUGGAGUUCGAGCGGCUUUCGCUCAAGAUCCAAUCUAUGCAAGUGGACGAUGUGGUCAACAGGUCCAUGACAAAAGACUCGAAUUUUGCAGCCGUUGGAGCAGUGUUGGUAGAGACGAUCUCAGCUGCUUACUGGACUGAUACCUUGACGUUCUACCAAAUGGCAUUAGUCAUGGUGAAUACACAGCUGAACUUGGGAAGUUUCCCACAAGCAGGAAUGGCCUACAUACACCUCGCGAUGAUAGCAAUUAUCCGAUUUAACAUGAUCAAGUUUGCUAGCGACAUGGGAAACAUUGCACUUGCUCUCUUAUCCCGGUGGAGCGAUCCUUAUACCAAUGGCCGCGGCGGGACCAUUUACUCGCUCUUCGUCGGGCAUCUCCAAGAGAGUCUACAAAGCUCUCUGAGACAGCUUGACGGGGCUCUCGAGUAUGUGAUUCAAGUUGGAGAUCGUGGGUCUACGAUUCUCAAUUUUGGAUUGGUUGGGAUGCUCAAGUUCUUUGCUUCGGAGAAUCUGACUGAGUUGGAGUCGUUUCUGCAUUAUGGUUGUGAGGAGGUCCCGAACUGGACUUUCGAUACCCGGGGAGGGACUAUGGCUAUUGCUGUUCGACAAACGUGUCGAGCUUUACAAGGCAAGACUGUCACAAGUGAUCCCCACGAAAUCAUGAGCGACGAGCAGCACAAUUCAUUAUACUACAAAUCCUGGCUACGGAGCACAGUGAGCAGCAGCGACCGACCCUUGCUAUUCUACGAGGGAUUCGAAAUUGUACCUCUAUGUCUUUAUGGGCACUUCGCCAAGGCUAUAGAGCUUGGAGACACUUGCUUAGAAAGCAUGAGCUCGGUGUGGUCUGCCCGAAAUACUCGAUUCAUCUACUUCAUCCACGGACUGUCUUACGCGGGUCUAAUGUGGACCAGACUCCGGAAUCCCUCGCGCGCUGUUGGGCAAGAUACAAAUGGGCAAGCCCGAUUCGACCAGCCGCCAAGUGAAAGCGAUCUAGCAGCUGAUGUAGCGGCUUGCCUGCAGCAGAUUAAGAGAGACAAGAAGAUGAUCGAGGAUUGGCAGACCGUCAAUAAUAUCAACUACCUUUCCUGGUCGAAAUUGCUGGAUGCUCAAAUCGCUGAAAUGGAAGGGAAUCAUGGCACAGCUUUGAGUGACUACGAGGAGUCCUUGGACCAUGCGGCAGCGAAUGAUUUCCUCUUCGAAGAAGCUCUCGGCAACUACCUUCAAGCCGGGUUUUUCCUCCGAACUGGCUCACGCAGAGCAGCCAAGUCAUCAUUACGCGAAGCAACGACUCUCUACCGAACAUUUGGUGCUGUCGGUGUUGCGAAACAUAUCGAGGAUCAACACAGUCUUCUACUCCAAGGCCCAACGCGGAACGAGAGGACUGUAGAUGCUUCGGCUCAGACUGACUUUGCGGGAGACCAGGCAGAUGUACAAUACACCACUCUGGAAGGAGAUGAUGACGAUAUCCGGCAACAAACACGAGCAUCAGUCACCGAGACCAAAGGCGACAGAAUUGGAGCUUGGCAAGGAGGCUCAGCCCGACCGGACGCAGGGUCAGGUCUUCCGGCACUCGACAUGCUAGAUCUCACUUCAAUUCUCGAGAGCUCCCAAGUCAUUUCUAGUGUAUUACAAGUCGAUCAGCUUCUCAAGACCAUGUGUGAGAUCAUUCUACAGAACUGUGGAGGUCUUGCAACUAUGGCAGCGAUUGUCGUCGAGGAAGAUGAUCCCGUCGGCUGGAGUAUUGCUGCUAGCGGCGAUCCUGAGAAAGGGGCCGUUGCUCAUAUUCCUGGACUUCCAUUGACCGAAACGGCUCUUGUCGCUGAAGGCGUUAUCUUGUAUUGCACACGAUUCCGGGAAACCGUUUUCUUGCCCGAUCUCAUUCACGAUGAGAGGUUCAGCAACGUCACUGAGGCGUGGGCAGCUAGAAAUCCGGUGGGCAAGUCUGUGAUUGCCAUUCCAAUUUGCCAUGGAGUCAAGCCUUUGUUGGGAGUCUUGUACUUGGAAGGAGAACCGAAUGCCUUUACGGACCGCAAUUUGACCGUUCUGCAGCUCCUUGUCAACCAGAUCGGCAUAAGCUACUCCAAUGCGUUGACCUUGAAGGAGGUCGAGAAGGUAUCUGCGUUCAAUAACUCUAUGGUUGAUGUGCAGAAGAAAGCCCUUGCAAAGGCACUGGAGGCUGAGAAGCAAGCCAAUGCUGCAAAAGCCGAAGCACUCCGAAAUGUCAAGCUCGCUGAAGAAGCAGCCAAGGCAAAGUCUAUCUUCCUGGCGAAUGUAUCCCAUGAGCUUAGAACGCCGCUCAAUGGUGUCAUCGGCAACUCCGAGCUUCUCAGAGACAGUGAGCUCACCAAAGACCAAGCAGAGAUGGCAGAUUCAAUUCGUGUUUCGGCAGAUCUGCUGCUUACUGUGAUCAACGACAUCCUAGACUUUUCAAAGAUGGAGGCAGAUAAGAUGGAGCUGUAUAUCGUUGCAUUCAAGGCUGAUGAGAUGAUGCGGGAAGUGUUCCGUUCGGUUUCGUACAGCAAUCGAGACAAGAAGAAUGUCAAGAAUGUCGAGAUUCUGCAGGAUAUCAGCCUCCCCAAAUGCCUCAUAUUCGGGGAUCCAGUGAGGCUUCACCAAGUUUUGGGCAACCUGGUUUCGAACAGUCUCAAGUUUACCGAAAAUGGGUCCAUCACGAUCGGAGCCAAGACUGAUCUUGAGACGUUCGAUGAGGUUAGACUGACUUUUUGGGUCAAGGAUACCGGAAUAGGAAUCCCUCCUCAACAGCUGGUGAAGUUGUUCAAGCCAUUCAGUCAAGCCGAUGCCAGUACAGCUCGGAAAUACGGCGGAAGUGGUCUCGGCCUCAGCAUCUGUAAGUCUCUCAUCGAAUCUAUGAUGGGCGGUAAAAUCGAGCUUGAAAGUAUCGAAGGCCAAGGAACACUUGCAUGGUUCACGGUAACCUUCCCCAAGGCAAAAGAAGCAUCGGCAGGGGACUGCCAGAAUGGCAUAGAUCAACACGAUCACCUGUCGUCGCGGAAUAACGAUUCAAAUGGCUCUCCAACACCGUACACGCAUUUCUCUGAUGUUGAACGCGAACAGCUACGUAUAUGCAUAGCAGAGGAUAAUCCUGUCAAUCAGAAGAUUGCGGUUCAGUUCAUGCAUAAGCUGGGAUUCAAGCAUGUCGAUGCUUACGAUAACGGGCUUCAAGCGGUUGAAGGACUACGUGCCAAGGCGAAAGAAGGUACACCUUAUCAUAUCACUCUCAUGGACGUCCAGAUGCCUGUACUCGACGGCUACGAAGCUACCAAACUUUUGAGAAAGGAUCCGAUUGAUGCGGUUCGGGGAGUCUUGGUAAUUGCUAUGACUGCCUCCGCCAUUCAGGGUGACAGGGAGAAAUGCUUGGAGUCAGGAAUGAACGACUACCUCGCCAAACCCGUGCGAUCGAAUGUUCUGAAGAAGAAGCUGGAUCAAUACAUUCUUCAGCCUCCGGUCCCUGCACUUAAUCUUGACUCAGAAGCGAAGAAGAUUACCAACAAAGUCCUCCGGGAAAUGAAUGGCUCAAGUACUCCCACCUCCCCGGAUACCUCUGGAUCUGCCACUCCCGUCACAGCCUCAACAUCACCCCUUCCCGAACGAGUCGAGCCGUCCCCAGAACGCGCCUUACCACCUCCUCUCCGCGAGCGCCAACCCCCUGCCAGACUACGGCAACUAAGUCGCACCCGCACAGCGGAGAAGGUACCCACUCUAGGAUCCGGAAACAUCGAUGGUACGCUUGAUAAACUCGACACUGCUUCAGCAUCAUCAUCCAAAUCGCAUCCGCAUGACGAAGAACUCUCGCCAAAGAGCAUACCGAGAAAACCUAUUGGCGGGAAAGAAGAUAAAGCGAAGGGCAGAGAAAAAGACCGGGAUAGAAAAGCAAAAGCAGAUGGUGAGGCUUUAGUUGUGGGCCAGCCGCCGACACCAGCUGACAAGGAGGAGAAGAGGGGGACUUCACCUGGGGUGGCGAGGAAACCUGUCGGUGGUGGGGUAGUGAGUGAUAAGGAUAAGAGUGGUGGGAAGAAGGGCAGAUGA